AUCAUUGACUUCAUUCACUCUCACUGUAUAGUUCAGUAAUUAAUAACAGUUCAUCUGAUUAGCUACAUCGUUAAGACCAAUAUUGAAUACCAGCCCUGGAUGACUUCUGUGAAUUGUGUGAUUUAACUUUAUAAGUGUGAAGUGUUAAAGGUGAGGGGAAAGUGACAGUGAGUUGUAAAUAUAGAACAUAACGUUACUUAUAUAUACAUUAAGAUGGCUAAGGCCAAUAUUGGGAUAGUGGGGGCUGGAAUCAUUGGUUUGUCAACGGCACUAAACAUCCAGAAAAGGCUGCCGUCAGCCAAGGUGACCAUCUACGCUGACCGGUUUGACAAUGAGACAACGAGCCACGGUGCUGGUGGAUUGUUCCGGCCGAAUGUUGAGCAUUUGCUGGGUGUAGAUCCAGACACUGUCACUCGGUGGAGUGUGGAGGGAUUCAAGUUUUACUCGAGCUUAGCAUCCUCUCCAGAGGCAGCAACGUCGGGACAAAUGAUCAUGCCAGGAUAUGUAUUCAGCAAUACACCAGUAAAAGACCCCCUGUACAAGAGGCUGGUGUACAGCUUCAGGGAGCUCACGGCUAUAGAACUGCAGAAACUACAAGUGGACUAUAAAUAUGGAUACCAGGUGACUACAGUCAUCACAUAUGUACCUGUGUUCCUUCCUUGGCUUAUGGUCAAGUUCAAGGACAAUGGUGGACGAGUUGAAAAGAGAACAGUUAAAAGUCUGGAAGAGUUUGUAGGUGUGCAUGACAUGGUUGUGAACUGUAGUGGAUUUAGGAGCCGGGAUCUGGUUGGAGACAAGUCUGUAUACCCCGUACGAGGUCAUCUAAUAAGGAUAAAAGCCCCGUGGAUAAAAUACUGGAUCUAUACUGAAGAUUCUGCUUAUAUCAUUCCUGGGUACGAUGAAGUGUCAAUAGGUGGGAUACGGCAGAAAGACAAUUUCAAUUUGGAAAUUGACCCAAAAGACACAGAAGGCAUUAAGGAAAGAUGUUAUAAGUUAUGGCCAAGCUUAAAGGAAGCACCAGUGUUACGUGAAUGGGUUGACCUCCGACCCCAUAGGGAUCCACUUCGUCUGGAGCAGCAGGUUAUUCAGUACCCCUCCGGACCAUUGAAGGUUGUACACAACUAUGGACAUGGAGCGCUGGGAAUCACCCUGGCCUGGGGGACGUCUAUAGAUGCUGCCAACCUGGUUGUGGAAGGGCUCACACAGCCAGGAUCCAAGUUGUGAUUUUUUCAUUUGAAACACUAGCUUUGUGCAAUUACUCCAGUCUCUCGUUUUUGGAACAGUUAUUUGUCAGUCAUUUUAAAAGUGGAUCACAUUGAUAAUGUGUUUUAAAUUUUGUUGAGUUUUUUGUUGACCAUGUGCUUUAACUAGAGCCAUUUAUGGAUACAACGACUUUGUACAGAAAACAUUUGAUACCAGGUGGAUUGUUCAGUACUUUGUUUAAAUUAACAACGUUGUUAACUGGAUCGGUGUUAACUCUUAAAUAUUUUAUACUUUAAAAGUUUCAUGGGCACAUAAAAAAUAAAAUUAUCAACAAAUAAAGACGCAUAUUACAAGCCAAAAUCUUAGUUUUACUGCAGACAGAAAUCAUAACUUCUUAUUGCGCUCCUACACUUAAAACUCCGACAUAUCAGGCUUGGCCUUGUGGACAUGGGGUCUUAAAGGGACAGUUUAUGGU